AUGCAGCACACAAAUUACAGAGAAAACUAUAAACAAAAGAAGUUGAAGCCAAAAGAUUCAAUUAAAAUCUCUCUACUGAUGCUUACAAAACUCAAAGGCUCAAAGACUAUACUUGCACUAAAAACAAACCGUCGCUUAGAAAUUGAGAACAACAGGUUUACAGGAAGGAUCCCCUUGGACAUUGCAAGUUCGGCUCAAUUGGUGGUGUUUGAUGUAAGCAACAAUCUCUUUACUGGUGAGUUACCUGUGGGGCUGACUUCUCUUUCUCUUGCUUUAGAUGGAAAUGAAAUUUCGGGUACGAUUCCUUUCGAUAUAAUCUCAUGGAAGUCGCUUGACACUUUAACUUUGAGUAGAAACCGGAUUUCCGGCGGGCUUCCUCCCAAAAUAGGUUCACUUCCUAAUCUCAAUAAACUUGAUUUAUCUGCAAACCAAAUUUCUGGUUCAAUUCCAUUUGAUAUUGGCAACUUAAAGCUCAGUUUCCUUAACCUGUCUUCAAAUCUACUCUCCGGGAAGAUCCCAUUUCGAUUAGAAGCAUUUGACGACAGCUUCUUCAACAAUUCUGGCCUUCGCUACGAUACUGAAAUAUCAAACCUUGUGUCCUGCAAUUCUUUGUCUAAUCGAAAUUCACGUAGGCUGUCACCAAAAUUUAUCGCUUUGAUAGUAGUUGUUGUUGUUGUAGUAGCAAUACUUCUUGCAGUCAUCUUGGUAUUGGUUGCCAUAAGAAGUAUAUAUAAGCGAAAACAAGACGAUGAAGAAGAUUCUGUAACAUGGAAGGUGAUAAGAUUUCAGAGAUUAGUGGACUUCAGUGAAUCGCAGAUUUUGUCCGGGCUUAACAAAGACAAAAAAGUUGUGGAUUUUGGGGUAGCUAAGAUAGUUCAGGCAGGACAACCAUUUUCAGCAUCCAUUGUAGCAGGCUCUUUCGGAUGCAUUGCUCCAGAGUAUGGUCGGACACUCAAAGUAAAUGAAAAGGUGGAUGUUUAUAGCUUCGGGGUAGUACUCUUGGAACUUGUUACUAGGCGAGAAGCGAACAAAGGAGAUGAAGAUAGAAGACUUGCUGAAUGGGCAGCACACCGGUUUCUAGAAACACCUUUGGAUGCUCUGCUAGAUGAAGAAGUGAAAGAAGGUUGCGACGUGGCGGAAAUGACUAGUGUAUUCAGACUUGGGUUGAUGUGUACAAGUACAUUACCUUCCAAUAGGCCGACCAUGUCAGAAGCAUUGCAAUUUCUAAUCAGGCAUUGUUCUUCCCAAGAAGUAUACGAAAAGAAAGCCCUGGUUACUGCUGAUAAUGAUGUCGCUCCUCUUCUUCUUAGUCGUCAUUCAGAUGUGGAUCACAGCGCCCUGGAAGUUUAA